CAAAAAUAUUAAAACAGUAGUGAUAAAUAAGUUUACAUUUUAAAAAGCAAUUAGGGAGGCGGCUCGGUCCUGGGUGUUGAGAAAAUAGAAACUCCAUCCAUAUGAUGUCAUACAAAGGAGCUUUUCAGCUAAAUAAUGCAAGGACGGGGACGUGACGUUUGAUGUGAUACACAAGCUAAAAUUAUAUAAUAACUCUAGAUAAAUUAAUCAAGCGUUUUAGGGCUUUUUGAUAUUACUAUAAUGGAAAAAUCUACCAUGAAUCAAUACAAUCACAAAUUUGAAACUUGAUAAGCAAAAUCAUGUUAAUUCUACAUUUUUUCUUUGUUUAAUCUGUAACAGACAUACUAUUACGCACGGUGCAUGGCGUGACAAUAAUAAGACUUUAGGCUUGAAAACAACGACAGACGAGCGAACAUUUAAAGCAUUAAAUGUUUCUGAACAAAAAUGUUAAUGGAUUUGACAUUAAAUUUGAUUUUACAAUUAUAUAUGAGUUAUACUCAUGCGUUAUGAGACUGAAUAAAGCUACAUGGAUUUAUUUGCACUACCGCUACCAGCGCACAGACGCUAAGCGCCUGCUGCCUUGCUAGAGGACAGCCGUCUGCAGAAAUGGGUGCGGUGCCGUGCGGUCGGUUGCUAUGACGCUGCUGUCGCAAACGCCCAGUGUCGUGAACACUGGCUGCCCCGUGAAGAUGGCGGCGGAGCUGCAUCCGCGGAGCGGAAAGCUGAUCGGCCUCUCCAACUCCAACCGAACCGCCCGGCGCAACCAGCCAGUGCAGGAGUUCAACCACGGCCUAGUGCUCAGCAAGGAGCCGCUGAGGGACCGGGAUGUCUUCACCGUCCGCAUUGACAAGAAGGUGAACUCGUGGAGCGGCUCCAUCGAGAUCGGCGUGACGGCGCUGGACCCCGCUGCGCUGGACUUCCCCAGCAGCGCCACGGGCCUUAAAGGGGGCUCCUGGAUCGUGUCCGGCUGCUCGGUGCUACGCGACGGCCGCUCAGUCCUGGAGGAGUACGGCCGCGACCUGGACCAGCUGGCUGAGGGCGACCGGGUGGGCAUCCAGCGUAACUCCCGCGGAGAGCUCCACCUCUGGAUUAACGGGCAGGACUGCGGCACGGCGGCCAGCGGCCUGCCGCCCAGACUGUGGGCGGUGGUGGACCUGUACGGCAAGUGCACCCAAGUGACGGUGGUGAGCUGUGAGCCGCCACCGCCCUCUGCAGAGAGAGAGAGAGAGACAGUGGAGCGAGACGAGGAGGAGGAGGAGGAGGAGGAUGAGGAGGAGGAAGAGGUGGUGGUGUGUGCGGGUCAGGAGGACACAGGCAUCACUGCACUGAUGAAUGUCGCAGCAAUUAAUGGAUUAAUGAAUGGAAAUGAAGUGCCUGAGCUGAGCUGUAGUCACAGCCGACCCGACAAGUUCCCCAACAACCUGGAGCCUGACACAGUUCUGACUGAGCACCAGCUCUUCGACGUGUUCAACAAUGCAAUAGUAUCUUUUUAUCGCUCAGAGGACGAGGGCGGGGGGGAAGACGGUGGAGGUGGAGGUGGAGGGGGCUCGGGGGGAGGCAGCGCAGCGGAAGGAGGAAAUUCAGGGACGGACUCCUCUUCUUCCAGAAACGACAGAGGGAGCAGCAGCGGAGGAAGCACGGGAAACAGUGACAGCGGGGGAGGAGCUGGCGGUGGAGAUGGUGGAAACACCAACAGCAGUCCUACUGGCAACGGGGGGUUGGGCACAGGCGUCCUGGCCGGCGGGAUGACCACCAACGACGCGCUGCUGUUCCACGAGAAGUGCGGCACGCUGAUCAAACUGAGCAACAACAACAAGACGGCAGAGCGGAGGAGGCCGCUGGACGAGUUCAACAACGGCGUGGUGAUGACCAACCGGCCCCUGCGACACAACGAGAUGUUUGAGAUCCGCAUUGAUAAACUGGUGGACAAGUGGUCGGGCUCCAUAGAGAUCGGCGUAACGACGCACAACCCCAACAACCUAGACUAUCCUGCAACUAUGACCAAUCUGCGCUCAGGUACAAUCAUGAUGAGUGGCUGUGGGAUAUUAACUAAUGGGAAAGGAACCCGCAGAGAAUACUGUGAAUUCAGCCUUGAUGAACUUCAGGAGGGAGAUCACAUAGGGUUGAUGCGCAAAGCCAGCGGUGCUCUCCAUUUUUAUAUCAACGGCAUCGACCAAGGUGUUGCCGCCGCCCAGACCCCUGGCGUGGUCUACGGCGUGGUGGAUCUGUACGGCAUGGCCGUCAAAGUCACCAUCGUUCACAACCACAACCACAGCGACCGCCUCAGGCGCAACAACGCCAUCAUGAGGGCCCUGUCCCCCGACGUGGGCCGGCCCCGGCCCGCCCUGUCCCUCACGCCGGACCCCGAGGGGCCCGAGCGCCUGCUCUUCCACCCCAACUGUGGCCAGAAGGCGGCCAUCAUCGGUGACGGCAGGACGGCGCUGCGGCCACACGCGACCGAUGACUUCAACCACGGUGUGGUCCUCAGCAGCCGGCCGCUGCGCUCCAACGAGGUCUUUCAGGUCCGUAUCGACAAGAUGGUGGACAAGUGGGCGGGUUCCAUCGAAAUCGGUGUCACGACGCACAACCCCGCCUAUCUGCAGCUGCCCUCCACCAUGACGAACCUGCGCUCAGGGACGUGGAUGAUGACGGGAAAUGGUGUGAUGCACAAUGGAACUACAAUCCUGGAUGAGUACGGACACAACCUCGACCGGCUCAAGGCUGGCGACACGGUAGGCGUUGUGCGGAAGGAGGACGGCAGCCUGCACUUCUUUGUGAACGGUGUAGCUCAGGGCCCGGCGGCGUGGAACGUCCCUCCCAGCGUCUACGCCGUGGUGGACCUCUAUGGGCAGGCUGCUCAGGCCACCAUCAUGGACGACAUGGUUGACCUCCCCCCUCUCCCAGAGGACUGCUCCGAGGGACCCACGGCCAUGUCCCCUGGGAGCCCCUGUUCAGUAGCCGGGGCCACCACCACCACCGACCUGCGGUUCCACCAGCUGCACGGCACCAACGCCGUCAUCACCAACGGGGGGCGCACCGCCCUGCGCCAGAACUGCCGCAGCGAGUUCAACGACGCCAUCGUCAUCUCCAACAGGUGCCUUCGAGACGGAGAGCUGUUUGAAAUCGUUAUUCAGAAAAUGGUGGACCGCUGGUCGGGUUCAAUAGAAGCAGGCGUGACAGCAAUCAGGCCAGAGGAGCUGGAGUUUCCAAACACUAUGACUGAUAUCGACUACGACACUUGGAUGCUCAGUGGGACAGCUAUCAUGCAGGACGGGAACACGAUGCGCAACAACUACGGCUGUGACCUGGAUUCCCUGACCACAGGCUCACGCAUCGGCAUGAUGCGCUCAGUCAGUGGCAACCUCCACUAUUACAUCAACGGUGUGGACCAGGGCGUGGCCUGCUCCGGUCUCCCUCCAGAGGUAUUUGCAGUGAUCGACCUGUAUGGUCAGUGUGUUCAGGUGUCCAUCACCAGCUCGUCAGGCCUGUUGGACAACAGCCUCUGCACCAGCAACAUCACUGAGAAGAGCUUCCCCAUCCACUCGCCAGUAGCAGGCGUUGCCCACCGGCUCCACAGCAAACACGGUAAGAACGUGGUGCUGCUGGGGGAGGGCUGCCAGGCCGUUAGAGUUGGAGGAUACGCUCACAGCAUCGUGUUCAGUGCAAAGGAGCUUAGAGCAGACGAGCUGUUUGAGGUGAGGAUUGAUGAAGUGGACGAGCAGUGGUGCGGUUCGCUGCACAUUGGCCUGACCACUCUGGCACCUCCCGAGCUUCCUUCCUGCCCGCUGUCGGGCCUCUCCCCCUCCCUCCCGCAGCUCCGAGCCAAGGUCACCUGGCUGCUCUGUGGCUCUGAAGUCCGUCGCAAUGGAGUGCUGCAGCGGCAGAACUACGGCUGUUCACUGGACCGGCUGACGGUGGGCAACCGCGUGGGUGUGAAGAGAUGCAGCGAUGACACCAUGCACAUCUUUAUCGAUGGAGAGGACAUGGGACCUGCAGCGACUGCGGUGGCAAAGAAUGUGUACGCGGUUCUGGACCUGUACGGGCGGAUAACCGCAGUGUCCAUCGUCAGCUCGUCAGUGAUGGAGGACGCGGAGAGCGUGAAGGCGCCCUCGCUCUGCUCAGAGAGCUGCAGCGAAGGAGAGGAGGACAGCACCCCUGUCAGAGAGGCCGAGUCUGAGCCGUGCUCCCUGGUGCCCACUGUCAUGGCGUUCCUGGAAAACCACGGCAAGAACAUCCAGCUGUCCAACCAGAACCUGACGGCAGCCAGAGUGUCGAGCUACAACCAGGGCCUGCUGGUCACCGCCCAGCCGCUGGCCCGUCAGCAGCUCUUCCAGUUUCAGAUCGACCGCCUGAACCCGUCGUGGACGUCGUCGCUGUCGUUGGGGGUGAUCGGUCACUCCCCCGACCGCCUCAACUUCCCCUCCACAGCGUGCUGCCUGAAGCGCUCCACCUGGCUGCUGCAGAGGGACUCUGUCUUCCACAACUCCCUGAAGGUCCAAAGCCAGGAGCCUCGUCCAUGCCUCGUGUGCUGCCACUCGGCUCUCCUGCCUCAUUUUCCUCCUUCUGCUCCUCAGAUAUGUGAGAACUACGGUCCUAACCUGGACACGUGUCCGGAGGGGACGGUGCUGGGUCUGCUGGUCGACGCCAACAGCUGUCUGCACCUGUACGUCAACGGCAUGGACCAGGGCGUGGCGGCGCAGGACAUCCCGUCGCCCUGCUACCCCUUCAUCGACCUCUACGGCCAGUGUGAACAGGUUACCAUAGUAACGAACAACGUGCCAGCUGUGGGUGGAGAGAGCGGUGAGACCCGCUGUCAGGGCGACAUGGAGAAGGCCGACAUGGUUGAUGGAAUCAAAGAGAGCGUGUGCUGGACGCCCCCUCCAGAGGUCAACCCCAACAAGACCUGCGAGUACCAGGCGCUGUGCUCGCGCUUCAAGGACCUGCUGACGUUGCCAGAUGGCUACUUCAACGAAGACGCAAAGUACAACCUGUGCUACUGUGAGUCCUGCCACAAGCUGCGAGGCGACGAGGCCUAUUACAAGAGGGGAGAGCCCCCUCGCGACUACGCCCUGCCCUUCGGAUGGUGCCGCUUCGCCCUCAGGAUCAAGCCCCACUGUGAGGUUUCUAAUGCAAUGAAGAAGUGGCACAUCGCGUACCACGGCACCAGCGUCGGAGCUCUGCGGCGCACGCUGGACCACAGCCAGCUGCUGCCUGGGUCGUCGUCCAUCUUCUCGGUGUCUCCGGUGAAGGCGGAGGGGCCCAACGGUUACACUGAGCCCGAGGAGAACAGCGCCCCCGGCAGGGAGGUCCCCCGCGUGCGCCUCUCCCCCACCAUGCGCUACUCCGGCCUGGAGAUCUUUGCUCCUAAAGUGCAAUUUCGGGACCCCCGCUCGCACCGCAGCCACCAGGCUCAGGUGGGGUUCCAGGUGUGCGUACGCCCGGGCUCCUACAAGGUGGGCCCUCAGACGCUCAGCCAGAGCGAGUCCCUGGACCCUCGCUUCAGCAACUCGGAGAUCGAGUGGAUGACGAAGGAGCAGGGGGGCACGCUCCUCUACGGGCUGCUCAUCCGGGUGGAGUGAUGGGGCGACAGCGGGGGCGUCCGGGCGGGAGCGGGGACAGUCUGGGACGACGCGCUCCUGCUUUGAAUUAACUGACAACCAAAUCCAACCCCUGCCUUCAGCAACAGACUCCUCUGGAUUCCAGCUGUGGACAACUCAGCAUUUUUGUUUUUGUCCGUUUCGAUUAUCUGUUGGUAGUUUGCUCUUGGACUCUUUCAAAGGCCGGAGGCUACAGCGGUUUCAGAGAAGAACAGACACUGCCUGCACUUUAUGUUUCAGACACUCGUGGGCGAUUUUUAAACUAAAUUCUCUUUGACACAUGUCCAGUCACUGCAGUUUAUACUUCGUUGUGCCACAGUUUAGUUUUCAUUCUUCCCAACAUCUUAUUUAACCCCUCUGCUUUUUUUUCUUAUUUGGCACUUACCUUGGUCACAACCUUCGCUCUGGUCAGUGUUUAUUUACGGAGGCUCUGUCUCCUGCCAACAUGCACGUUAAUGGAGCAGCACCUGCAAAGACUGAAAUGUGGGUCAACAAAAAAAAGUGAAAAAGACACUAGAGUCUGAGAAUAAACCCUGGAGUGUCUAGUUACGGAGACUUCUUUAGGGAGGAAGCUUUUAAAACUGGAGGAGGAGAAAAUGUUUACACGCGUUUCGCUGUAUGUGGUCUUAAUGUUCAUGCGUUAGCAGUCUGGCUGCUUCAUCAGCCCUGUUGCUGCUUCUGUUCUGGCCCAACGUCACCUCCACGUCAAACUGGAAAGCUGGAAGUUAAUUCUUAGACAUUUUGUGAAAUAAGCUCGUCUGCUUCUAUAGAAGAGAGAAUUCCUACAGCGACCAGCGCUGAGCCCCAUGGAUCGACUGGUCCCCUGAAAAGAGUCAGCCCUGCCAACAGUCAGACCCAGGCUGAGGCUGAAUGGUCUGAGUGAAGUGGAAGUGUUGGAAUCACACAAAAUUACAGUAGUAACAAUUGGCUUCCUUAAGUAAAUUAACUUCCCAAUAUCCCAAGAGACAACUUUAACACUGCACAAGAAAUAUUCUCAACAUGUUCUCCCUAGUUGUUCAGCUGCCACCUUGAUUCAGUUAGUUUUAUUCCACGUAAUAAUUUAUGAUUUGUCUGUAGACAUAGCCCUAGAAUAAUAACUAACAUCUGAGCACUGCUGGUUGAAUGAUUUGACCCGACACUGGGCCGUCGCUGUCCUCCCAUCAGCACCUGUAAAGCUCUACAAUAAUGCGCUGGGUGUUUGUUUACAUGGACGUUUUUAUACUGAUUAAAAAUGAGGUGUCGAUCUGGCGGUUGCCUGGCAAUCAAGACACUCCAUUGGUUGCCUGGCAACAAGUAAAAAGCUCCGCAUCAGACAUAGGUUGCCCCCCACAACCACCUGUAAAAUAGUGACCUACAGCUUUUACACAUGAAAUGUGGUACGACGUGUUUACCAGUGAGCUGUGUGCUGUGGUGCCAUUUACUGGGCCAGGCCACCAUUCGAAGUUAUCAAUCUGACCACGAAACGCCGGGAAGAAGACAGAUUUGCCAAAAUGUCAAACUCUUCUUGAAAAGUGUUAAGAUGAAUGUUGAAGAUUCUAAUGGAGUGGUCUUUAAGCCUGUGUGUGUUACCUGCAGGUCCUCCAGAACCAACACGGAGCAAGUCUGCACCCCAUGACCCUGGACCCAGGCUGGUGUUUACAUGUGAAUGUUAUUAACUGGGGCUCUGCAGCACUUUUAAACUAUGGUAUGAUUUACAUUUGUCUCGGUUUAAACAUUGAUUGUAUGUGAAAGGCUUUUUUAUUUUCCACCAUCCUCACUCCUGUUGCCAAUUUGAUGAACCUGCUACAGACCGUGAAACAUCUUUUCUCCUCUUGAGUUUUUAUGAGUCAAACUCAGAAAUGACAGCGGCUCAGUCGCGUUCUAAGAGCAGCUGUGGUGUGACUGAAGCUCUGUGGUCGGCAAAUAGAAACAACUUCCAGUCAAAAAUGUGAAAAACAAUGGGUUAUUUACAGCCCAGUGCUGCUUUGUACAAUUUAAUUUUGGUUUUAUGUAUGUUGCAUUGUACAGGCUGUUACAUAACAAAUCAUAUCUUCCUGAUUUAUAUAAAAUAAAUAAACUGACAGUAUGCACAGAA